AUGGCAGUAAAUUUGGUUGGAGGUUUGGAAAACACUUUCAGUAAACGUCAUGGCUCUCAGAAUGACCAAUUUGCAACUCUCGAAGAUUUCGGGGAUCGAUUGAACCGAUUUUACACGUCAACUGUCUUGCUCAUUCUUGUCGGGGUUACUGUAACCAAUGUCUACUUCCUCAAGUCCAUUUCUUGCAACCUCUCGCAUAUUCCAUCGUCACCAGGCUUCGUGGCAUACACGGAAUCUGUGUGUUGGGUUCAAGGAACCAUCGGUCUUGAUAAAACUGACAAGAUUCCAGGAAACGAGACGGAGUGGAAUCGACUUCGGGAAAAUUCAGAUAUGUCAUUCUACCAAUGGGUGCCCUUCUGUCUCACUGUUCAAGCCAUUCUCUUCUACAUUCCACAUCUAAUUUGGCAAGCCAUGUCAAUCAACACCCUCGGCGACAACUUCAAUCACUUGGUGGCAAGAGCCAAAUCUGUUAACACGUCCAGUGACGUGGUUUCGAGGUCAAAACUUCUUCAAACAUGUGCAUACCAACUUAAUCUCCUCACUCUACAACACACCGACCGACGCCAUUCCAGCUGGGCGAAGUUUCAAAGAUCGGUCAAUAGACGUGUGCCAUUGUUUUUUGCAAAGCGACUUGGAAAUCGCACAGCUAUGUACUAUUUACUCACCAAAAUUCUUUACAUUAUUAACUGUGUUGGACAAAUCUACUUGAUCAUGUAUUUCAUUGCACCGAAUACUGAGACUAGGAGUAGCUUGAUCACCUUCUCAAUGCGCUUGUUUAACACAACAAGGAGUCAGAAAGAAUGGGGUGGAAGUGAUCUCUUCCCCCUCCAAACUCUCUGUCCCAUCAGAAUUCCUGAGUUGGGAAAGCGGGAUCAGCUCUAUACCGCCAUUUGUGCACUCCCUGUGAAUAUGCUCAAUGUGAAGAUCUACAUGUUUCUCUGGGUGUGGAUAUUGGCGGUCUUCGUGGUUUCUGUCAUCUCGACACUUAUCUGGAUGUCGCGACUUCUUGUUAGUCCUCUAAAUAAGGCAUUUUUGAGCAAUUUUCUGGAAGUCUCCCUCUUCGCAGCUAAUUCAAUGGCCAGCGAUGAUGAAUCCAAGGCAUUGACUAAGUGCUCAGGUGAGAGGUGGAGAGAAGAUGCUCAACAAUUCUACGAAGAAGUGGUUGGUCUAGACGGUACCUUCUUGAUACGAAUGCUGAGGUUGAAUGCAGGAGAUGUUGUUGCUGGUGAGAUCUUGAUGCGAAUUUGCGAGAUGUUCAACUUUGGGAGAGGCGGUUCAAGAGGAUUCAGAGUGAAUUCAAUGGUGAUAUUGGAGGACUUCAGCGAUAGAUUAAAUAGUAAGUACACUUCGGCAAUCCUCCUUCUACUGAGUGCCAUCACAAUGGUAAAGGUCUACUUCGUGCGGCCUAUUUCUUGUGACAUUCAAGGGCUGCCAAAGGAAGCUGCAAACUAUGUUGAGUCCGUUUGUUGGAAUCAGGGAACCCUAAAUUGGAGAACGAUUUCUGAAGUACAGGGGUCCAAUAGAAGCACCGAUACUUCCUUCUACCAGAGGGUGCCGGUUUGGCUCAUAAUUCAGGCGAUCCUCUUCUACUUGCCCCAUUUCACUUGGCACGCACUAUUGAAUUGGUCGUUUGGAGAGAACCUUCGUUACCUGUUAAGUCGGGCAAAGGCGGCCGCGAUGACUGAAGAUGUUCUAUCCAGAGCAAGAAUGGUUAGAGCAUGUGCCGAUCAGCUCUACCUUCUCUCUCGACAGAAUUUUAACACCAUCACGUGUCCGUGCUCGAUGCUUGAGGACUACCAUGGUGCAUUUCAAACUUGCAGACAUGCAUGCAACAUGGUUGGAAGAGUGCGCAAUAAGUCAGCAAUCUGCUAUCUUUUCGUCAAGUCCUUAUAUAUUCUGAAUGGUAUCUUGCAGGUCUUUUUAGCAGCUUGCUUACUUAGUCAAGAUACUUUAGUUCACAGCGUGACAAUGGGCUACAAUAGUCGAUUCUUUCCUCAUACUGGAGUGUGCACACUUCGACUUCCGAGUUUGGGAGUUCGAUCGCGGCUCUACACCGUGUCUUGUGCUCUUCCAGUGAAUGUCUUCUAUGAGAAUGUCUACUUUUUUCUCUGGCUUUGGAUCAUGGGUGUUCUGUUUGUCUCAAUUAUUACAGCUUUUACCUGGCUGUGUCGUCUACUAAUGCCAUACCACAGGAACAAUUUCAUAAGAACUCUCCUACACGUGUCUCUACUCAAGCCGCCGUCUUUUCGUGUCUCAGACGCCACAGACUUGGAUAUUUUGGCGGGAAGAGCAUAUUACGAGGCUGCAAUUCUCGAUGGAGCUUUGGUGGAAAGAUUCCUCACGGACGUGGUCGGUUGUGAUGGGAGCUUCAUAAUAAGAGUGGUGAGACUCAAUGCCGGAGACAUAGUGACAGGGGAAAUUCUGGUCACCUGGUAUAGAAUGUUCAUGGGUGUUGGAAGAAUUGGUGGUGAUGGUGAGGCAAUUUAUUUGAAUCCUGUAAACCUCCAACUAAGUGCAGUGAAUAACGUGUACGUACAACGUGAUUAA